AUGUACGAGGGCCAGACGGAGAGACCGGAUAGCGCUAUUGAUGACCCUGAACUUGACCUGAGCGACCAAGGGUCAGGAUCCGACGCCGACUCGGACGAUGGUUCAGCGCCUCGCGCGGUCAGCAUAGACGUUCCGGUAGCUAUGUGGGAUUUUGACCACUGUGACCCUCGCCGUUGCUCCGGCAAGAAACUCUCCCGCCUGGGAUUGAUCAAAGAUCUACGCGUGGGCCAGAGGUUUCGAGGCAUUGUGCUCUCCCCCAGAGGGACACAGCCAAUCUCUCCCGCCGAUAGAGACAUUAUCCUUCAAUCGGGCCUUGCGGUCGUAGAAUGUUCUUGGGCUCGCUUGGAAGAUGUACCCUUCGCGAAGAUCGCAAGUCCUCAUGAACGUUUGUUGCCUUACCUUGUUGCUGCCAACCCGACAAAUUACGGAAAACCUUGGAAGCUUAAUUGCGUCGAGGCUCUCGCCGCGGCGUUCUACAUAACGGGCUUUGAAGACUACGGCCACGCUCUUCUAUCCCGCUUCGGGUGGGGUCCUGGUCUUUACGCCAUCAACAAGGAGUACAUAGCCCGAUACAGAAUGUGCACCAGUGCAGAGGAAAUUUCUGCCGUUCAGGAGGAUAUACUCGAAGGAAUCUCACGAGAUCGUGAGCGUGUAAGAGACGAGAAGGCGAAAGCUGCCGAAGGUGCGGAUGGUUAUGGAGAGGACCUACUCGUCGCGAAUCCGAAUCAUCGAGGCUGGGACGCGGAUGACAAUGAGGGGGACGGGGAUUCUGAGGAGGCGACCUAG